UUAGUACAUUCGUUUUACGCGCAGGGAGUGGAUGUUCUUAUAGACUUUUGUGUCAAAAUGGGAGUGAAAUGUGAAAUUUUGAUGAGCAACGCCAAAGGUGUAUACAGACCCGGUCAAUCUGUUGAUGGUGUAGUGAAGUAUACUGUGACGGAACCAAUGGAAGUCACAAGUGUUACUCUUUCUAUGAUUGGCAGAGGAUUAUGCUGUUGGGCACCUCUUAUAUCUUAUGUGGGAACUUUGUACACUGGUACUGAAGAUUUUGUGAACCAUUGCUCGAUUUUACAGCAAGCAAGAGGAAACGAAACUGUGUUCAUUCAACCAGGAAUUUAUGAACAGCCGUUCAGUUUCAUGUUACCGAAUGGAAUACCAUCUUCUUACAAAGACAUCAGAUGUUUCAUAGCAUACUUCAUACAACUAAAAUUUGGGAAAACUAACACGAAUCUUUUGAGUUUUUCCAAGAAGUUUAUCGCAGAAUUUCGAGUUCAAGGUGAUCGGAAACCAUUGCUACAAAAUAAUGUUACAUGCCAAUUGGCAAAAAAUUUUUUGAUGCAAAAUAAAGGUGUUAAUUUUGUUGCACAUAUUGCGAAGCCUAUAGUGAACGCCGGAGAAGAUAUAGUAAUUGCUCUAAAUAUAAAUAAUGAAGCAGAGGUAGACAUACUUGCAAUCAAAACAGAAAUUAUAAAGUACGUAACUUAUAAAUCAGACUGCGACCAUGAAAAGAAGAGAUCUAAAGUUGUCAAUGCAACUGAAAUUAAAUAUGACACUAAGAAAGACGAAACUCAACUUAUUGUGCCAACCACACCAGAGUUGCAGUCAAUAUAUUCAAAUAUUUUUAUAAAAGAAUAUAAAGUUAGAGUGACUCUUAAAUUCCCUUUUCCCCACACGGAAGCUUCUCUUGAGUUACCAGUAGUUAUUGUAGCAAACAAUAAUGAUGUUGAUGUUGACUUAGAUGACCAACCACCUCCAUAUUGGCAAGUUAUGAAUGAAAAAAAAGGAGAAGGAUUAGACUGAACACCGACGGCAAGAAGGAAAAAAUAUGGUUUGUGAUUUUGAUUCAAAUUCGUCUUAAUUUUGUUUUUUUUUUCUGAUAUUACAAUUAAUAUAACUGUA